UAUUUUUAUCUGUCAGUCUAACAGUUUACCUUAUUAGGUCCAAGAAGGGCAAUUCGUUUGCAGCCAGCAGAACAGGUGCUGAUUGAUAUAUUUCAAGUGUUUGUUUCUUUGAAUUUUGACGAUCAGAACUGACAGCUAAUGAACGCUCCAAAUUCAGUGGCACUGAAAAUUAGAACAUUGUGGAAAAAGUCCAAUAUAUUGAAGACACAAGGUGCCAAAAAUAACUAAAUCCUGACUGCGCAGCCAUUUCCCCCAGCCCGCUUCACUGUGUCUUCAAAUAGGAGGAGCGUCUAUCUGCUUGCUGUUUCCUCUUGACUGUUCAGCUCACAGAGCGGUGGAGGUGGACUUUACAGAGUGAAUCACUGUUCUGUGUUUAAUGUGGAAAGCUGAACAACAGCAUCUGGGUCCCCUGGUCCACCAGACGCACCCGGUUGGGCGACUACAACCACCUGUAGCUGCAUCUCGAUGAUGGUCACUCCCAGCGGUACUUCCGUCUUUCCAGGACCCAGCGUGAGGAGCUGCUGCCCCGUGGGAGACGGAUGUCCCUCUGGGACACGUACUGCAGGAGUCUUUGAUCAGUAUAUCCAGCAUUGCUCAAUAGAAAUAUAACCUAAUUGUAGUAUUUAAAUACAUAACGCAUAAAAGACAUUUUUGUGCUUAAAUGAAGGGGCAAGGAGCACCCUUAACGUGGACAAAUUGACUGAAAAUUUAAAAUGUUUUAACUCGAGCAAAGUUCAAUCUGUCCGUGCAUCUUCUGUGAAGCUUGCAGUUUUGUGUUGCUCUAGUUGCCCUAUUCCUGCUGUUCGCAUGGCUCUAAAUGUGUGCUUCACGGACUGUUAAUUCACUACUGAAAGCGCCUUUACAUAGGGAUAACAUGUAAAUAACUCGCUCCAAACGUCUUGUUCGCGCACCCCUGAACUCUUGAAGUCUUCCUGAGCACACCCUUCGCAUGGUGAGACAUGGUGAUGGCAGCGUCAUGUUGCAGGGAGGCAUUUCUACAUUCCGAUUAGAGAAGCUGGACCAGAGUUAACACCGUCUCUUACGAUCGGGCACUGGUUCUCCCCUGUGAGGUUCUCUGGGCCCCCUAGUAACCAAAAUUUGGUGGGUUCACAGGAUGUCUUGUCGGACCUGGACGGAACCGGCCACGCGAUUGCCUUCGCUCACCAUGAACCCCCGUUCCUUGAUACUCCAGCUAAGCUCAUCAGUAGGUGUUCAUCUCCUCUGCUUCCUGCUGCUCCCUGGGAGUUUGUCAGAUCAGCAUCCUCCUGUCCAGCUCAACGCCACAGGUGAUAACACGACUGUGAGCAUGACAGCUGGAGAGUCCUCAUACAGUGGUGAAACAGCAGGAUAUCCUACCACCCAGCCUCCAUCAUCGGAGGCAGGUCCUGUAAGAACUCCUCUUUCCACACCUGUCUUACCCAGCACUUUUCCUGCAGCUCCUAUACAGUCUGAUAAGACCUUAACAGUUUUAGAGACAACUUCUGCAGCCUCAACACCGGCUCUGUAUUUCAAAACGUCAGUAACAAGGACACUAUCUAUAACACCACCUCUGUCCACCAAAACAUCUACGUCAUCAUCUACAACGACAGAAACAGUUAAAAGCCCUCCAACAUCUGGAAAGCUGAUAACGACCAUUCUGCCCCAAAGCAAUGGAAGCCUGUCAUCCGUGGUGCCCACACUGCAGUUAAGUUCCUGGAAAACAGCGCUUUCUCCCACUGCAAGCACAGAAGCUACCGUCAUGCCUCUUAGCAGAAACACCGCUACCGGCAGUCACAGUGAAUCCCCUGCCUCUGCAACAAGAGUUGCUGUGGUAGAAGUAGCCGGGGCGGCUCUGACCCGGCAGCUGGUGGACACAGCUUCCUUACUGGCUGUCCUGCUCUUUGGCCUGCUCUUCUUCCUGGUCACAGUGGCAGUGUUUGUCACUCAGGCGUACGAAAGCUACCGGAGGAAGGACUACACGCAGGUCGACUACCUGAUCAAUGGCAUGUACAGCGACUCUGGCGUGUGAUGCAGGAAGAUCCUAAACCUGAGCCCCGGAGCUUGGUGUUGCACAGUAUGAUCUCAGUGGCUGCCAUUUGUUAAAGAAGUGGUGAUGAAGUGAAAAACGCAGCAGAUGGCAAACAGCUUAACUUAUUUUUAUGAGCAAAUUACCAUUUUCUCCUUUGUUCAAUUUCCCCCUUUUUGCUUGUGUAGCGUUUUGUACGUAACGCUGGGCCCUAAACUUGUAUCAGGAAGAUGAGACGCCUUAAUGAGUUCUCGUGUAGCGCAGCUUUCAGCGUUGAAUGCACGCACCGACAGUUCUGUUCUGCCUGCAUGAAGGUGGUGGCUAAAUGGUUAGCACCGCAGGUCGCCUUGGUAUGAUCAACAUCACCACAUUUCCCUUUUCUGAUUCAAUAGAAAUGUGUGAAGAUUAUCUUUUUACAAGAGGACACGAUGGCCGUCAGUUAUUCAAGGAUGCUUUGAAUUUAAAACAUUUCAAUGAGCAAUUUCUUUUUUUCUAACUGAAAGCUGACUGCAAUAUGUUUGUAUAUAGAAUAACUGAGAUGUGAUGGGUUAAAUACUGGUCAGCUUUGAAAAUGUCUUAAUCUGAAUGUAGCAGUCUGUUUUUUAAACAGGCUUCUGUUGAGAGCUUCUAAGUAGUAAUAUCUUCUGUUCGAUGGAUAACUGUCAGAGUCUGUUUAGUACAAAUACAUAUUUUUUUUCUUCCUAAAGGCUGAAGCUAACAGCUAGUCUAAGCUCUAAAACCAGGGUGGAUUCCUUAACUAUUAAAAUGGCUCAGUUUAGAAAGUCCUAGAUCAUUUCAUUAGAUAUUUCCUGGGAGUCAUGGCACAGCUUUCCUUUUUUGUCAUUAACGGGUUUAUCUAGAGAGAAGUGUGCAGUUGUUUCCAGUGAAGACUGAGCCUAGUCCCAGUCAUCUUCACUGCUUAAGAUGAUCGGUAAAGACCAAAUGGAAAACUGUUAGCAGACUCAAAAAUAAUGUUUACUUGAAUGUUUAAAGUAUUUUUUGGCUGUGUUAAAGUUACCCUGGCUGGAUAUGCUAACACGCUCCAUUUUGUGGCACAUAACUCACCCAGGAUGGUCUUUGUUUAGGAGCACAGAGAGUGCUGGUUAUUUUCCCCUUAGUCGUUUUGUGCUGUUUUCUGACCUGUGGCUGCUGCUGCUGCGCGUUAACCCCACAGGGUUAUUUUGGUUAUUCCAGGAGAAUUAACUGGCCCGAAUGAGAACCACAACCUCAGCCAAUCAAGUAGGGUCCAAUACAAAGUCUUCAUAGAUACAGUACUUGGAAUUUGAGUGUUCAGAUGAUUAUUUUAAUCUAUAAUUCAUAAAGGCGUACAUGUAAAUUUUUGUUGUAUUCCUUGGGAAAUGGAAGUAGAAAAGGACAAAAUGGCCACAUGCAGCUUUAAAGUGGCGAAGACUGAGCCAAGAGCUUACGGCAACCAGCCACGUUUUUUAGUUUAAAUGAUUGUGUUAAGAAGCAAAUGAUCAAACAUGAGCACAAUGCAAAGGUUAGAAAAACUCACUCUGAAUGGCUUUGGAAUUCAGGGAGCUUAUUAACAGCUCAUAACCUCUCCACAGAAUCCCAUCUGAAAAACAAAAUGACAUUCUCUGACUGACUGAGGGGUAACACAGCAUGUUGUUUAGCUUUCAUUCUAAAUGUGGAUAUUUCAUCAUAAAAAGGAGGUGCUUUUUCAUAGGUUCACCGCUCAGCUUUGGUGAUGUCAUGGUGAACAAAUCAGUUUACAGAUGGUUGUUUCUGGGUUUGUUCACAAAUUCUUCUUAUUGUAUGCCUUCACUAAAGUCUAGAUAUUUUUCCACACCAUAUUCUCUGAAAGGAAGAGAAACAGGGCUGGUACUGACUUGAACGCCUCUGGGCAUGUAUUACACAUGGAGGAAACGUCUCUGAGAAGCACAUUGUCCACACAAGGGCGCUGUGCCAGCUCUUCCAUUUUUAGUUCGGUUUUAUACACUCAGUCUCUGGGGAGAUGUGUCAGAGCAAAGGAACAAACCAACGACCAGCUCGUCUUUAUACUGAACUGCUGUUUCAGCAUUCGCCAUGUGUUCUGUGCAGGUUGUGGGUUGCAGAGGUGUGGUUCCUCAAAUGGCCUGUUAAUUACCAAAGAACUUCAGGCACGUUGUCUGAAACGAACAGCAGUUCCAGCUUAGAGGAAGAAUGUCAGCCUGUGAGAGAGCAGUGCAGACCCUGUGGGUCUGUUUUCAUCAGCUCGCUGGCUGGGAAACGCAAACCCUUUUUAGAUCUAGAUCUGCAGGAAGUGACUGAAUGUGAUUAGCUACUGAAAACAAUCUAUUUGGUCUGAAUUUCAGUAGAACCCUGAGAGCUUUCUGUGCAGUAGGUGUGGAUGUUUUGGCCCGGCGGGCCGUAGUAGUUUGAACGAGCCUGUAGAGCCGUUCAUGGGACUCCUACAGGCUUCUGAAAAGUAGCCCUCAGUUUUACCUGCUGGCUUCACAUAGCUUUUACAUUUCAGUCUUAAAGUGUCUUCACUCUUACUUGACCUAUGAGAUGUCUACAUAUCUUACUAUGGCUUGUCUAUGAAAGCACAGCAGCUUAUUGAAACAAACUUUCAAUAAGCUGAAUAAGCUAAGUUGAAUUUCACGGCAUUCCAUUAAGGUUUAUUGAUUUUUCUCUUCAACACUCAGUGUCUUUCUGUGAGAACACAUUUAUACUCCACAGCUUUAGUUCACAGUAGUUUAGAGUUUUCUUCGCUGGUAGCUUUUGGAUGUUUUCAGUCAUCUUUAUUCCAAAAUAUAAUAUCAGUGAAAGACCUUCUGUGUCACACUCUGGUUCAGAAUUGGCUUAGUUAGCCUUAGAUGUACCUAAAUACCAUUGCUGUAUGUUUAUGAAAGAAGACCUAUAUUGUUAAGGUUUCUGAAAACCCUUAGGGUAUUUGAAAACUUGUUUUUUUUCUUUUCUUUUUUUAUGCAGUGUGUUUCCAAUAAUGUUGGCUUUUUUAACACGUCUUUAGUGUCCUGAAGGUGUUGCUAACCCACAGUGCAACACUUUAGUAUCAUCUUGUUCUGGUGCCAAAUUCAUUGUGAUUUCUUUUUGUGUGUGUGUGUGUGUGUGUGUGUGUGUGUGUGUUUACCAAUAGCUUAAAUAGUUGCUUAAAGCACAUUGUUGUCUGAUAAAGCCAAGGGAAAUUUAAAGCCAUAAUGAGUUUGUGACCAACGUAGAAGAACUGCUCUACAGAAAUAAAGAAACAUCUGAGCGAUGCUCGCACUCACACACUAAGAUGUUGUUGGUGGGAAAGAUAUGUUGUAUUUGUGAAAUACAUUUUAUGUGCAAUAGUUUUGAUUGUCUGCACGACAAACCAGGUUUUCACAAUAAAGUGUUGGUGGAAAUAUUCAUUAGCCAUAUGUAAGACAGAGCUGUCUGUAGGGGCAGUCUGUUGAAAUGCUCUCGCAUCAUGUCAUGUCUGUAAUGUCAGUACUGUAAUAAUAAUGAUUGUUUCUGAUGUGCAAAAUUCCGUGUGUUGGAUUUUUUUGUUUGCAGGAACUUCUGUUGAGAACUGAGGAAUGAUGUCACCUGCUUUGUGCCAACUGAACAUUGUACUAAUGCACUUUCCAAUUAUAUUUUUACUUUGUAGAAAAUAAAUAAUAAAGAACUAAACAGAAAUCUUAGCGGACUUUGAA